AUGGAGAUGGAAGACAUGAGCCUCGAGGUGGCGCAGAAGGACACAGCCGCCGAAAUAGCUGCCGAGGCCGCUGCAGCUGAUCCAGCAAACCGACCGCCAAAACGUUCAUCCAACACAUGCCAGCCUUGUCGUCUGCGCAAGGUGCGAUGCUUACCGAGUGACGGAACAUCCUGUGCAAAUUGCGACCGCUUGGGCUUCGCUUGCUCAUUCCGGGACUCGUCGCCCCAAGGAGACCUUGAACAUGGCUCAUCCAUGUCACUGCCGCGACGUCGCGUCAGACUUGCAUGUAUCAACUGUCACUCAAGGAAGGCGAGGUGUAGCGGAGAGACACCAAAAUGUGCAAGGUGUCAGGCGCAAGGGAUCGAGUGUGUGUAUCGUCCGACAAAACGCUCCGGGGGAGUAAAUGGCACCAGUACCGCACACCAGGGAGACUCGGAGCAUGAGUCUGUCUCAUCGGAACCCCCAGAGAAAAGGAGGAUGCUAGAGGGUGAUGCCAACUCUCAGAACUCAAGGAACCUUGGUCCUGACCAUAACUCAGGCCAAGGAGGUGGGUAUGGAACAUGGCCAAUGACUUAUGAGCCCAACAUCACCUUUCCCGACGAAGCUCUCAUCAUCCGUACCCUUAACAACUUCUUCCGCCACGUCCAUCAUGUGCCAGUCUUCUCUUUCCUCCACAGAGCAUCGCUCAUGCAACGCUACCAUGCUGGCAUGAUGGACAAGGCACUUCUUUUGGCCGUUGUCGGCAUCACAUCCCUACUCACAGAUUUAGGCCCGGGCACAAGGGAGUAUGGCGCCAAAUGUAUUGAUGAAUGCCAGAAGAUGAUACUGAAUGACAUUGAAAACCCAUCAACAAUCAAGAUCCAGGCACUCGUUCUAGUCAUGAAGCAUCGAAUGCUCACUCGACGAUUUACGGGAGCCUUCAUGCUAGCUGCCACAGCCGGACGUUUCUCAUAUGCCCUCCGCCUCAACUACGAAAACCCCAACCUAUGCUUUCUAGCCCGAGAGUCACGAAGGAGGUUGAUGUGGGCGUUCCUCACUAUUGACUCAGGCAUCAACGGAGGAUAUCCAGACUUCACGCUGCUGCCCCCAGAGGCAAUGCACAUCCAGCUUCCGUGCAACGAGCGGAACUUCGAGUUCGAUCUACCUCAGAUCACAGAACAUCUGCGGCCAAUACCAGACAAACCCUUCCCCGACGACGUCGGAUCUUUAGCACUUCACGUCCGAUUGCUAUGGAUCCGGAGUCGGAUUCUCUACUGCACCAAGAACGCACUGGCAAUGACCGAAACGGAACUUCGGGAGCUACCACGGCUUGUCGAGGCCCUGAGCAAAGAACUCAAAGACUUCAAUGAGCAUUUGCCUGCCUCCUUUAAAUUCUCCGAGAGUAAUUUACGACUACGCGCAUACUCUCCUCGGCUUUGUGUUUUCAUCAUGAUUCACAUUUGGUGGCGCCAGUGCCAUUGCGAUCUAUACCGUAUCGUCAUGACAGGCCUUAAGGAGGCCUUGCCACGUUCGGCUAUCGAUCGCCUGCCGUCGAAAUUUGUCACCCUAUGCGAGCGUCAGUGCUUCGAGCAUGCACUGGCCAUGGCGGAAAUUUUUCGCGUCAUCAUGUCCCUCGAUGGUGGCUUGCCUGUGACAGACCUUGACUUACCAGUCUGCGCUUAUCAGUGUGCGAGAAUGCUAUAUUUGGCGCACCACACGAACGGUGGCGAGUUCAGUGUAGAGCAGGUGAACGACCACGCGCAGCGAUGUCUGCAGGUUACCAGGCAUAUGAUCCAUGUGCCUGCCGGUCAUGCAGUUCACGCCGACCUGGAAAAGCUGAUUUCCCGCGGCUUUUCGGCAAGUACAACACCUAGUCACCCGAGCAGCCCAACGAUCACUAGACCGAGCGUUCUUCCUCAACAAGUUUUAUCGCGACACAACCCUGUACACCAGAUGGAACUUGUCGACCAGAGCGAAAUUACCGAUAUGCCAACUCAAUCGCCAUCUAUACAGUCUCCAUUGACCCAGAGUAAUGUGAGCGCGAGCGGCCCUUCCAAUCACCACACGCCUCAGUCACUCCAGGCCCUCUCACUCACGACAGUUCGGCCAGUUGGCUUUACUGAAAUGCCCAUGGAUGACGCGGGCAUGCCGAAGGUGAACCUACCUCCAGUCGAUCCACCUGAAGGCUUGGAUAACAACAAUGCCUUCGAGGGUGCGAUGGAUGGGUUCGACUUCAAUCUGGAAUCCUUCGGGAACACGGGCUUGGAAUCUGUCUCGUGGUUCUCCAGCGAGUGGUUGAAUGCAGAGUUCCCACAAACCAUAGUAUGA